AUGCGCAUUUUCUCCGCCUUGAACGGCCUGCUCCUGGCAGGAGCCGCUGCGGCUCAGAGCUGCUCUCUUCAGUCAAACGAAUCUCAAGUCGUUGACUAUGGCUACGCGCUCUCUUUCUUCCUCGACCGCUUCUAUUCGUCGAUCCCGGUCAAUCAGACCUUCUUGAGCAGCUCCCAGAAUGGCUCCAACUCGCAGUACUUCACCAACUUCCAGGGUAUUCAGAGACAGAACCGUCUGGGUGUGCGUGCUGUGCAACAACUUGGCUCGAAGCUGUCUGGCUGGACCCCUCAGAAUUGCAGCUUCACCUUCCCAAGUGCCAGUGACGCCGAUUCCUUUGUGCAGAACGCGCUCCAGUUGGAGUCAACAGUUGCUGGAGCGUACAUUGCCCUGGCUGGUUAUACCCAGGCCCCCGAGGCUUCGUUCUUGUGGGCUCGUUUGGCUGCUGAGCACACUGCUCACGCUUACUAUAUCGCGAGCCAGAACCAGACCAUUCUCUUCCCGACGAACAGCUCUUCGCUGGUGCCUGCAUACAGUCCGGGAUACGUUCUUUCCAACGGUACUGGUCCCGGCCAGCUUGGCUCAUACUUCCAAGGCUGCGUCACUGCUCCUCCAGUUCCCUGCGGCCAGACCCUGUUCAUCGGACCUCUUACUGCCACACUCGGUGCGAACGUCUCCGCAAGCGCAGCUGCUUCAAGCUCGGCCUCGCUGUCUGCAUCCGCCACUCCUUCGCCCAGCUUUGCGAGGAGGUUCUUCUAG